AUGGUGAAGAUGCUAUUUAUGGAAAGAUCGAAAUUAUUGUAAUAAAGAUUUAAAGUUCUUAAGCAGAUAUGGCAAGGACGACGCGAAUAGUCCUUGAUAUGGCACUAGUUUCUCUGGAAAAAGUACGACCGGUUAUUGCAAAAGCUUGGGGUUCCACUAAAUACCUUAUAAAGGAUACGCGGGCAGAACCGAUCCUAUGUAACCGAUUCGUUAGCAGAGUAGAACUGGCGUUAGAUAACUUAACAGGAUCACUGUGGCUGAAAUUAAGAUCACUCCGUGACAAACAGCUGCCAGCAGAGGCUGAGUACCUUAGAAGAGAACUAGAUAAAGUCAAAAAGAAAAUGGAUGACGAAAAACCUAUUAAGAGUCCAGAAUAACAAUAGCAGAAAUACACUAGUAUUUAUUGGCUCAAGUGCUGCUAAAAAUGUUAAGUCUUUUGGAGCGAUUGCGUGGAGGUAUUUAAAAGUGGAAGCCAUACCACCCUUUACUGGAGGUUUCUUUGGAGGACCGAGCGGAAAAAAAAUGGAGAACUUCAUUGGUAAAAAAAUUGACGGGUUCAUUGGAAUAAUAGCCGGCCGGAUAAAAGAAAUGGAUGCUGAAGAGGAAAGAGCAAGAAUCGAAAAGGCUGCAAUGAUCAAAGCACUCGAAGAAAAACGUAAAGCUGAUGAAAAACGAAAAAUAGAGGAGGCCUUGAAAGCAGCCAAAGCAAAAGCUGCUGAAGAUGCUAAAAAGGCGAAAGCCGCGGCUGCACAGAAGAUAGCCGAAGAAAAAGCUAAGGCAGAGGCAGACGCUAAAGCUACUAAACCAAAGGAAAAGCCGAAACCACAAAAGAAACGCAAAGAUAGCAAGAAAAGGACAUCGCGGUCGAGAAAGAAGCCCGUAAAAUAAAAGGAAAAUGGAAUGACUUGCCACUUAACUGAAAUCUUGUUCGAAAUGAUCAGUAAAGCGCAUAUUAAUUAUUUCAAACAAGGUUUCAUUUAUUGUUAUAAGACUGGCACUUUAACGGUAACUUGUAGCUUAUAAAAUAUUAGUUUUAGAUGUUUGUUUUAAUUAAUGUUUUUUACCUCAAUAAACGUGAUUCUGAAUUUA